UCUUCCCUAAUGACCAGUAGCAAAUACACAUUUAAAGCCAUUCAAGACAUUGAUACAAAGUGUCCCAAUUCAGUAUCACAGCGUAAAGCUAUCAGGCCAGAAACUGCUAUAUUAGCCAAAAGAUCAUCUACAGGAAGUAUGUCCCAAAACCAGGCCAACCGGCCAGUUAUCCCUCCUCGAAGACAGGGUUUUAAAGUGUGUUACAUAUGUGGAAGAGAAUUUGGCUCAAAAUCUAUUGAUAUACAUGAACCCAAAUGCCUAGAAAAAUGGCAUGCAGAGAAUGAAAAUCUGCCCAGGCAUCUCAGAAGGCCAGCCCCGGUGAAACCUCAUGCGGCUGCACAUAGCUCCUAUAAAGACGAGAAUGAAGCCGCCUGGCAAAGCUCUCAAGCACAACUUUUACCAUGUGGGAACUGUGGUCGUACUUUUCUUCCAGAUCGUCUUCUAGUGCAUGAGAAAGGCUGUAAACCAAAGGAUAAAAAUGUAGGCUCUUCCCAUUCCACAAUUAACAAGACUGUAACACAUACCAGUUCUUUGACAGCAUCUACAACAACCAGUGGCUUUUCUGAUUCUAAGAUUCCUGACAAUCCAACAAAACCAAAAACAUUAAUUUGUUACAUCUGUGGAAGGGAGUUUGGCACCAAAUCUCUCCCAAUCCAUGAACCAAAGUGCCUUGAGAAAUGGAAAAUAGAAAAUGAUAGGUUACCCAAAGGGCAAAGGAGACCCAUUCCUCAGAAACCUCAGAUGGCUUUAUCUAAAAGCGUCAGCCAAGAGGAACAAAAUGAAGCAGCUCGGCAGAGCUUCAAGGAUCAGUUGCUACCAUGUCCAAACUGUGGUAGAACUUUUGCAAGUGACCGACUCCCAGUACAUCAAAGAGGCUGCAAGGCUAAACCUGGAGAUUGCAGCACCAAGAACACAAGCAUGCUCACUAACACACAGAAGCUAAAGAGAGAAAAUGAAGAAUUAAAAAAUGAUAAGCCACCUGCAAUAAAAGCACCUCCAACAGUUGUGUGCUACAUCUGCGGUCGUGAGUUUGGUACAAAGUCUAUCAGUAUCCAUGAACCUCAGUGUCUAAAGAAGUGGCAUCUCGAAAAUGACAGACUACCUAAGAAUCUGCAGAGACCUGAGCCAAAGAAGCCAGAGGUCAGAACAAUAGGAGCAAAAGGUUCCUACGAUCUUGUUGCUUUAAACGAAGCUUCCUGGCAGAGUGCCCAGAGCCAACUGGUUGCUUGUGAUAUUUGUGGACGUACCUUCCUGCCAGACAGACUGCUUGUCCACCAAAGGUCCUGUAAACCAAAAAAAACAAAGUAGUGCGAGUCACAAUCCUGUCUAAUAAUGUAAUACGGGACUUGUGGGAGCUGUAAAAUCUGUGCACAGUAAGUGUGCCUUCAGGAUAACACAUUGUAUUGUUAUAUAGGCAGUGACGUGAUUUCCAUUGGACACCCUUUAUAUG